AUUGCGUUUGGGAGGCCUGGUGUAGGAGUGGGAGGAUAAUAGUGGGAGCGUAACAGUUUGGUGGGCGGGAAGAUAACUUUCUGGGUACUUUAGGUCAGAUUGGCCAAGAGGAUUUUGAGAAGAAUUUUGAGCUGGGAACAGAUGUAGUAAGAGAGAGAGAGAGAGAGAGAUGGAGGGAGGGAUGAGAUCUUAAUUUUCAAUGGGAUUACAGUUACAAUCCAGUUGCAACCCUCAGAGGAUCUGGUUUCUCAGGAGCUGAGCUGUUUAUGUGGGACUCACUUCACGCGUUCAACUUAAUUUCAACUCGUUAACCUUCCGAGGGGCUGGGGGCAAUAGAGGAAGAGGCCGUCAAUCAAGCUGAUCCAGUCACGCCUGGUUGCCGCCCUCAUUUAAUGGUACAGUGGGGAUGUGCGUGGUGGGCGUGUGUUCAUUGUAAAGCAUGUUUAAUAUUAACGCUGGGGAUCUGAGUGCAGUCAGUACUGUGAGUGUCUGAGAGCAGGGAUGAUUUUGCCGUUCAAGCUUCUCGUGUGCCUGGUGUGUGUCAGUCUGCCACCUCCCGCCCAGGGAUGGUGGAAUUUCUGGGGAGCGGUGAACCCCACCACCCCGGUCUCCUCCUCAUCUAAGACUAUCCUGCAAAGCACCUCACCUACCGUAACGGAGAGACACAGUGAGGUCCAUCUCACAGCCCGUUCAUUCACCUCAGAGCAGACGACUACUCUGGCAAGUUCCAGCGGGCAAAGAGUAGCCACAGUGCCCCCUCUAAUGACUACCGGGACCGCAACCGCUACAUUCGUCCCCCCCAAAGCUGGGGGAGGAACUGCGAAGGGGAACAUCGCCGGGGUUGGCGCUGAGAUACUGAACGUGGCAGAAAAAGUCCAGGUCCUGCUUCGCUCCUGGGACGGAACAACACGCUCAACAACUGGACUGGAUGUGGCUCCGACAACUGCGGCAGGGGAAAGAGCGACUGAGGGCUCCUCACCCCUGGAUCCUGAGACACUCAACAAUGUUACCGAAGGCUCCCCACCCCUGGAUCCUGAGAUACUCAACAAUGUUACCGAAGGCUCCUCACCCCUGGAUCCUGAGACACUCAACAAUGUUACCGAAGGCUCCUCACCCCUGGAUCCUGAGAUACUCAACAAUGUUACCCAAGGCUCCUCACCCCUGGAUCCUGAGACACUCAACAAUAUUACGGAAAGCUCCUCACCCCUGGAUCCUGAGACACUCAACAAUGUUACCGAAGGCUCCUCACCCCUGGAUCCUGAGACACUCAACAAUAUUACCGAAAGCUCCUCACCCCUGGAUCCUGAGACACUCAACAAUGUUACCGAAGGCUCCUCACCCCUGGAUCCUGAGACACUCAACAAUGUUACUGAAGGCUCCUCCCCCUUGGAUCUUGAGACACUCAGUAAUGUUACUGAGCUAAAUUCAACUGAGAACUCAUCACACCUGGAUCCUGAGACCCCCAUCGCUCUUGCUGAGCUGAGUUCAAAUGCUGACCAGAGGAGUAUUGAAGGCACCAAUGCAUCCACAGCACCAGUGGGUACUUUGGUUUCCAGCAAUGCGUCAGUGCUUGUGACGGCUGCAACUCAGCCUACCACGGAGCCUUUCACUCUCUCGAUACUCUCCAACUCCUCCUCCUCCUCAUCUUCAUCACCUUCGGCCAUGCCUGUGACUCCUCCACAGCCAGAAACAAUUCUGAAGUCGGCAGCCAACAGGCCGUGUGUCUCUCUCUGCCCAGGUACCAUUGUUAGGAAGGCUCCGGUCUCGGGGGCAUCGCUCCAUGGCACUGUGGCACCCCCUGGGAUACCUGACCACAAACGCCCACAGACUGCGGACACUCGGGACCCACUGAUGACGGACAGCAUGCAUGAAGGCUCCCGGUUAGGAGUGCCGGGCUCUUCGGUUAACCAGCUAUCCCAUAAUGCUCUGGAACCUAGCCACAAAAUGUCAGCCGGGACAGGCGGUAACCACGGCAACCCAGGCCGGAGCCGAUCGCCACUCGGAGAUUGGAGAGCCAGUCGUUUCUCGGAGCAUGAUGGGAUAGCACAAGAUGGUCUAAACCAAACUAAUCGUGACCCGGCCUUUAAUCCGAAUGCAACUAAUGGCCGUGUCGACUCUGUGUCACUGCUCCAGUUGAUCGGAGACCCUCCUGCCGAACACAUUACCGUGCUGUCCGAUGCCGACCAAAGACCAAUAUACAAGAUCGGGCCAGGGGUGAACACUGGCCAGCUGGCGAUAUCCUACCUAUCGAGCCCCUUGUUUCGGGAUUUCUCUCUCCUGUUCAACAUCAAGCCGACGUCCAGGAAGGGUGGUGUACUCUUCGCGGUCACGGACGCCAGCCAGAGGGUCAUUUACGUGGGGGUGAAGCUCUCGGAGAUCAGCGCUGGAGCACAGAACAUCAUCUUCUACUACACGGAGCCCGGGUCUCAGUCCUCUUUUCAGGCCGCCACGUUCAAGGUACUGCCCCUGAUCAACAAGUGGACCAAGAUUGCCCUGAGUGUGGAGGGCGAGAAGGUGGUGUUAUACCUGAACUGCGAGGAGCAUUCAAGCAAGCAAUUCGAAAGGUCUCCUGAUGCCUUGGUACUCGAUCCGGCCUCUGGGAUCUUUGUGGCGAUGGCUGGGGGAGCAGAUCCUGACAAGUUCCUGGGUAUCAUGGCAGACCUGAUGUUCAUAAGUAAUCCAUGGGCAGCAGAGCGUUAUUGUGAGGAAGAGGAAGAAGGAGAUGACUGGGAGGCCUCUGGAGACUUCGGAAGUGGAUCCUCAGAGAGGGGAAAAGCUCCUGGAAUAGAAACGGUGACUGCCCCCUCACAGCACCUCCCUGAUCGCUUGCCAAUGACACCCCCGCCCAUCAACGCUGAGCGGGUCAGACCGGAGGAAAACAGCCGACGAACCCUGGGCUCAGGAACCGAGAGAGGAACUCCAGGUGCUGAUUUGCUGAAAGGGGAGCGUGGAGAGAAGGGGGAGAAGGGAAGCCACGGCUCUCCUGGUCCAAAAGGUGACAGCAGCUCCAUCUACAGCACAUCGACCGCUAUCAAAGGGGAAAGGGGUGAAAAAGGAGAGGCCGGUGAAAAGGGAUCCGCUGGAUUUGGCUACCGUGGACCCAAAGGGGAUAAAGGAAACUCCGGGAACCGAGGGGCCCCGGGCUUGCCUGGCCCCCCUGGAUCUCCUGCUACUGUGGUACAGCGCGGCGAUGGGAUAGUGAUGGAGCACGUGGCUGCCCACGGUCCGCCUGGACCACCAGGCCCAGCCGGCCCCCCGGGGAAUGACGGCGAGCCGGGGGACCCUGGCGAGGAUGGGAAAGCGGGUGAGGUUGGGCCUCAAGGGUUCCCCGGAACUGCUGGUGACCAAGGACCCAGGGGUGAGAAGGGUGACCGAGGUGAGGGGGUGCCAGGACCAAGAGGGCCCCCCGGCCCCCCCGGACCACCAGCCAUGGAUGGCAAGACAGAAAAGCUGACAUUUCUUGAUAUGGAAGGUUCUGGAUUUGAAGGCGAUCUACAGCACUUCAGGGGUAUCCCAGGGCUCCCAGGCCCGCCUGGGCCUCCGGGUGUUCCAGGGCUUCCUGGUAAACCUGGAGAGUUUGGUAUGAACCAGACUGGAGACCAUGCAGCACUGGGCCGGAGAGGGAUAGAUGGGAUACCUGGGAUUCCAGGACCUCCGGGGCCCACUGGUCCACAUGGGAGUGAUGGCCAUCCGGGAUUACCGGGUCCUAAGGGAGAGCAGGGCGAGGCAGGUGAGCUCGGCCUCCCAGGAGCACUGGGGAUGAAGGGAUCCCCUGGAGCGGAAGGCCCCCUUGGACAGCCUGGCUUGGCGGGGUUGCCAGGACCAAUGGGACCCCGAGGCCCGCCUGGACCCCCUGGACCACCAUCGACCCAUUUCACUGCUGGGUUUGAUGACAUGGAAGGAUCUGGAAUACCAUUCCUGAGUGGAAUUCCUGGGGAAAGAGGGAUAGAAGGAGUUCAGGGGGUUACGGGGGCACCUGGAUUGCCUGGACAACCUGGCAUGAAGGGUAUGCCUGGGAUCCAAGGACAACCGGGGUUGCCUGGACCACCGGGAAGGAAUGGGCUGCAAGGAUUUAUGGGACCUCAGGGUCUAAAGGGCGAACAUGGAGACACAGGCAUGAAGGGGGAACCAGGCAGGGAUGCAGUUGCGAUACCUGGCCCGCCAGGACUACCCGGCCCCCCAGGAUACAUGUACGGAGGUGAAAAUAUAAUCGGUGGCCAUUCAGGCGUGCCAGGGCCAGAGGGUCCGAAGGGUAUUCCUGGCCAAGCGGGAUUCCCAGGGCCCAGAGGACCGCAAGGAGAGUCUGGAACCCUAGGGCCUCCAGGACAACCAGGAAUGAAGGGUGAUCGAGGGGAGCCUGGCUAUAUCCUUGGCCCUGAUGGAAGCAUUCUGAACAGCCCGGGUGUUGGCGGGUUCACAGGGCCAAAGGGUGACGCUGGGAUUCCUGGACCCGUGGGGCCAUCGGGUCCCUUUGGACGUCCUGGUCAAAAAGGUGAAAUUGGGUUUCCAGGACGGCCGGGUCGGACAGGACGGAAUGGACUGAAAGGUGAAAAGGGCGAUCCGGGAGAGUUCAACGGUGGUUUUGGAUUCCGGCAUAUCUCAGGCCCCCCGGGACCUCCAGGGCCUCCUGGACCCCCAGGCCCACCUAGUGUUGGAGUUUUACCCUUUGACAAUAACGUGUUUGAGACGGGAGCCAUGAGGCAAGUGGCAAUUCCCGGAGCACCAGGAUCUCAAGGAGAGAGAGGCUAUCCAGGCCACAAGGGUGAAAAGGGUGACUUGGGUCAGCCUGGGAUAGCAGGCCCUCCAGGUCCCAGCCCUUAUGACCUGUACCAGCUCGGCUCCACACUCAGGGCUGAGAAAGGCGAUCGAGGUGACUCCGGGCAAAAAGGAGAAAAAGGAGCACCAGGGGAAGUCAACACUAGUCUAUUGGGAGCCCAGGGACUCCCUGGACACCUAGGCCGCCCAGGACUUCCAGGACCGAAAGGCGACAGCAUCGUUGGACCCCCAGGACGACCAGGCAACCCCGGCCCCCCGGGUUAUAGUUAUCCAGGACCUCCCGGGCCCCCAGGACCUCCCGGACCCCCAGGAACCAUCACAUCGUCCGGCGGGUCAUCUCUUACUAGAAUCGUGGGACCGGCCGGGCCUCCCGGGCCACCAGGUCCACCGGCUUCAUCCUCUGGGGUUACAGUGGUUCGCACCUACCAGAUGAUGCUGAGCCUAACGCGGAGUCUGCAAGAAGGCUCUCUGGUCUAUGUGCUGGAACGGGGGGAGCUGUACCUCCGAGUACGGGAGGGAUGGCGACAGGUUAACCUCGGACAAUACAUUCCAUACCCGGGAGGGAAUGUGCUUGAGAACAAAGUGGAGGCGGUGGGUUCACCGCCGGUGGUGCAGUAUGGCACACACAGCGAGUCCUCAACCCGAGGCGGGCAGGCGCGUAUCCCCCCACCUGACCGGCGCCUACCCCCACCUGAGCAGCCAGAGCACAAGCCCCCGCACAGCCAUCCUCCCCGGCAGCCAGAGCAACCCCACCACAACCAGCACAUUCCGCAGAGACAGCCAACACACCCCACCACAGGCCACCAACAGCCACCCAACAAACCCUCGACCGGCUCCCGGCUCCCACACACAGGACCCAUGCUGCAUCUCAUGGCGUUGAACACUCCUCUGGGUGGUGACAUGCGGGGGAUCCGUGGUGUGGAUUUCCAGUGUUUUCAGCAGGCUCGGGCCGUGGGGCUGACCGGCACCUUCAGAGCUUUCCUCUCCUCUAAGCUGCAGGACCUGUACAGUGUGGUGAGGCGUGCCGACAGAGGUUCCCUGUCCAUCGUCAACCUCAAGGGUGAGGUGCUGUUCGAUAACUGGAACUCCCUCUUCUCUGGAUCCCAUGCUCAUUUCAAGUCCAACGUGCCCAUCUAUUCCUUCGACGGGCGGGAUGUGCUGCGAAACCAAGCCUGGCCUGAGAAGAUGGUGUGGCACGGCUCUGACGCCAAGGGUCACCGCCUGUCCACCAAUUACUGUGAGGCCUGGAGAGCCGCGGAUAGGGCCGUCACGGGCAUGGCAUCCGCACUCGGCAGCCACAAGCUCCUGGAGCAGCGUCCGCUGGCCUGCAGCAGCUCCUUCAUUGUCCUCUGCAUCGAAAACAGCUACCUGCCACACGCCCGCAAAUAAGUCCCCAUUCUAUCUCUAACAAAACCCCCCUUCCCUCUCCUUCCCUCCCUUCACUUCCCCCCUCCCUCCUUCCCUCCCCCCUCCUUUCACUCCUCCCCACCCAAAACUGCCAGGCAUUGCUGACAGGAACACCGCCCCCCCGCCCCCCACCCAAAAAAAAACUCUGUACAG